ACAAAAGUCUCUUUUGAUCAACAGCCCCCUCUCCCCUCCUCUUUCUUCCCUUCUUCCUCUGACCCUCUCUUUCUUUUCUUAAAAGUCACGCGUUUUCACCUCUCAUUCCCUAAACCCGCCAUUUAUUUUAGCAUUUUUCAUGAUAUCUCUUUCUAAAGUCUCAAACUUGGCUGAUUGAUUAGACUAAAAUUGAAUACAAAAUCAUGGGUGCUUGUUUUUCUACCAUCAAAGUUAGUGGCUCUAACAGCAACAACAAUACCAAGGCUAAUCACAACAGAAAAGAACCCACAAAGCCACAAACAAGGACAACAAAAGCUGCAACAAGAAAAAAGCAAGAAGUUGUGCACCAUCAUCAUCAGGUUAAUAAGAAUGUUAACAACGAGGCAGAAAAGAAGCUAAAGGUCAAAGAGAAGCAAAGUAGCAAGGCGAUCCCUUGUGGGAAAAGAACAGAUUUUGGUUAUGAUAAAGAUUUUGAUAUCAGAUAUACAAUUGGCAAAUUGUUGGGUCAUGGUCAAUUUGGUUAUACAUAUGUUGCUACUGAUAAGGGUAAUGGAGAUCGAGUUGCUGUCAAAAGAAUUGACAAAAAUAAGAUGGUUCUUCCUAUUGCUGUAGAGGAUGUUAAACGAGAAGUCAGGAUAUUGCAAGAACUCACAGGCCACGAGAAUGUAGUUCAGUUUCAUAACGCAUUUGAGGAUGAGUCUUAUGUAUAUAUUGUUAUGGAAUUAUGUGAAGGUGGAGAGUUGCUAGAUCGGAUAUUGGCAAAGAAAGACAGUCGUUAUACUGAGAAAGAUGCAGCAGUAGUAGUGCGACAGAUGCUAAAAGUUGCAGCUGAAUGUCAUUUGCAUGGUUUGGUGCACCGCGACAUGAAGCCUGAGAAUUUUCUUUUCAAGUCAACCAAGGAGGACUCGCCUCUUAAAGCCACAGAUUUUGGUUUGUCUGACUUCAUAAAACCAGGCAGGAAGUUUCAAGAUAUUGUUGGCAGUGCCUACUACGUUGCACCUGAAGUAUUAAAACGCAAUUCUGGACCUGAAUCAGAUGUCUGGAGUAUUGGUGUGAUUACAUACAUUUUGCUAUGUGGGAGGCGUCCGUUUUGGGAUAAGACUGAGGAUGGUAUAUUUAAGGAGGUUUUAAGAAACAAGCCUGAUUUUCGCCGUAAACCAUGGCCAACCAUUAGCACUAGUGCAAAAGAUUUUGUGCUGAAGUUACUGGUGAAGGAUCCUCGUGCAAGACUUACUGCUGCUCAAGCUCUAUCACACCCAUGGGUCAGAGAAGGAGGAGAUGCAUCUGAGAUCCCUAUUGACAUAUCUGUCCUGAGUAACAUGCGACAAUUUGUGAAGUACAGUCGUUUGAAGCAGUUUGCUCUAAGGGCAUUGGCAAGCACGAUUGAUGAAGAGGAACUAGCUGAUCUUAAGGAUCAAUUUGAUGCCAUUGAUGUGGAUAAAAAUGGUGCUAUUAGUCUUGAAGAAAUGAGACAGGCCCUUGCUAAAGAUCUUCCUUGGAAGUUGAAAGAAUCACUUGUCUUAGAAAUUGUUCAAGCGAUUGACAGUAACACUGAUGGACUUGUAGAUUUCACCGAGUUUGUUGCAGCUGCUUUGCAUGUCCAUCAACUGGAGGAACACAACUCUGAGAAGUGGCAGCUGCGGUCGCAGGCUGCGUUUGAGAAAUUUGAUAUUGAUAGAGAUGGAUAUAUAACUCCAGAAGAACUUAGAAUGCACUCAGGCUUGAGAGGUUCUGUUGACCCACUUCUUGAGGAGGCUGACAUUGACAAGGAUGGUAGAAUAAGCCUUUCAGAAUUCCGUAGACUUCUAAGAACUGCUAGCAUGAGUUCGCAAAAUGUGCCAGGCCCAUCUGGUCACCGGAAUUCAAAAAAACUAUAGAUAAGAAUUGCACUUUUAAAGAUUGAGACUAGCGAGGAAGCUAGAGAAGUGGAGCUCCUUCUGUGGAAGCUGACCUUCUAGGUUACACUACACCAAUUUCCCAAUAACCAUCCUACCAGGCUCACCUCUUUCUGAAACUCAUUUGGUAAUUGGUGCAUAUCCCAGUUGAUUGGAACAACAGUGCUUGCUUGAAGUUAAAAGUGCUUAUUGAAAGUUAAAGCAGAUAGAGGGGGUGCCUUUUUUAAGCACGUGACGUUACUACAUGUUAAUUGUAGUUGCGAGACACAAGAUGAGCAUUCCAGUUUCGAAAUUUUCGGUAUUAAUACUGAAACUUAAGUUGUCCUCCA